AUGUGCGCGAAGUCAAGGGGAUGGACAGGUUACGACGAGUACGGCUGCGCGUUUUGCAAGAGCCAGACCGGCAGGAAGGACCGAAAGGUAAAUCAGGACCAAACAGUGCAGAUGAAGCAGGAUGAGCAUGAAACAAAGCAAAAGGAAGAGGAGAGGCGAAAGCUGGUGCAGCAAGAGGAGGAGCAGAAGAAGCAAGGGGGGAAAGGGUGUGUGCUGCACAAGGGUGUAGAGCAAAAGGAUGCGGAUCCUGUAUCCAUCACAAUCCAAAGUCUCACAAACAUGUCGACGUCCGGCCAUUACUAUGUAUUUCAUUGUUCUGUGAGGGCUGGAAUCAAGGACAAGAAGGGUGUCCUCAAGGCCGCAAAGGAUUCAAAUUCGGAAAGAUUACUUCAACAUGAGCUAGAUAUCUACAGAAAGCUUGAUUGCAACAAAUAUAUCGUAGAAUGUAUACAUGUUGCAAAAUUUAGUCUGGAUGGACAAAGCCCUUCUUUUCUUGCAAUUGUCACGGAGCGAGCGAAACGAUCGCUUGCGGACUGGAUCGCUGAGUCAGAAUCAGAAGUGAGGCAAUUUCACAAGCAGGGAGUCGCUCAACAGCUCGGGAGGAUUGUUUCUUACAUACAUCAACAGAAUCUGGUCUGGCUGGAUGUCAAGCCUGCAAACUUUGUUGUCUUUAAGGAUCUGCAAAUAAAGGCAGCAGAUUUUGAUGGAGCGGGAAGGGUAGGGACAGAAGUUACUCGUCAGACUGUCAACUACUGUGCGCCAGAGCUGACGAAUCGCGUCAGAGCUCCCGCAGCCUUUUUGAUGGACGCUUGGUCGUUGGGCAUGACAGUGUUCGAAGUUUUCACAGGACAAAACCUUUACUCGCUCAUUGGUCUGAAUGAACCCGAUCAGAUCGUGGGAUUCUGGAAAGAGCGUGGGAGUCAAAGCAUCCUUGAAGGCAAAGCAAGAGAAGUUUUGACCGACUCAUCGAGUGACACGAAAUUGAAGCAUUUUCUCUUUGGGCGGGAUGGCGUUGGAGGUGUCCUCAGGUCAGAUCCUGCACAACGAAGCUCUGUGCUGCAGUGCAUGAGGGAGCGAGCUCUAUUCACAGACAGUGAAACAACAACUGGUCUUCACAGAAAGGUCGAUCAGGUGACCGAGACUUUGAGCUCUAUCAAGCUGGAGAUCUCUGAACUUAAACCCUUGAUCCGCGAGGGGCUUGACGGAAUUAUCUCGCAGGCAGCAAACAAUGAGGGGGUCGAAAAGGAGUUGAAGAAGCUCACUCGGGCUCUGAGCCAGCUUCCUAGGGUCGACGCCACAGCAGCUGGUAAUUCUGAAGAAAUUCGGAUUCAACUAGACAAAAUCUGUCAUGUUAUCGAGGAUUUUUCGACGCUGGUCUCAGGCAACUGCUCAUACUGUCUACAAGGUGUCAGCGAGACAUUUAAAGCCACUUUGCAGACAUGCCAAUCAAAACAAGGCAAAGAUCAGGAGGAGAUGCUGUUGAAGGUGCUCAAGCAGAUGGGGGACAUGCAGAAACAGCUCAACAAUGUUGAGACUGAGAUCAUGGAUCUUAAAGACAAACUAGAAGAUGCAGUCACUGCCAGCCGAUCAGCAGUAUUCCUAUUGAAUCGACUGUGCUUGGCAGAGGCUGACGGCAAGUUGGCUCCCCAUCUCAUUUGGAUCUAUCCAGCCGAGCGCAAGAAGAGCCUGAUGAGCAGGUUGAAUCCGAAGCACUGGAUCUACGACAAGGUUUACAUCCGAUUCAUAUGUCCCGUCAGUCUUCAGGUCUGUGCAGAGAGGUUUGAGACUCAGGACAUGAAGAGCUGGUUCAAGCGAGCCCUGCCCUACCUCAAAGCCGCGCUGUGUGUCCUCCAGAUCGCACUCGCAAGCGCCUGGUGCAUGGGGCUGCCAUGUCCAGCCCUGGGAGAUCAGGUUCCCCGUGAAAAUCGCGAACUAGAAGCGGUCAAGGCUCUCAGUGGUUUCGUCAUGGAAAUGGCUGUACAGGAGCAGAUCAAUCUGAGUCCCAUAGAGGAGUCGCUCAACGCAAGAGAGAGGCAGCAAGAAAAGUUGGAUGCGCUUCGUGAUGAUUUGAGACGAAGUAACAAAGCUGUUGUCGAGCUGAUGGAAAACAUUGACAAGAAUUGGGUCAACAAGACUGGGCUUCGACUUGUCAAUGCCAGAGAUGGUACCGUGGAGUGGGUUCAUCCCUCCGCAGCAGAUGACUUCAAAAGGAAGGGACAAAAGAUGCUAUCUAUGUGA